AUGGCGCUAGGGGUCCGCGAGCCUGAAGCCUCGGGGCAGGGGCUGGCCUCGGAGACCCGGACGACAGCAACUUCAGUUUCCAGUGCUGCGGGCUCCCGCCGCUUCCUGCUCUGCCUCUACCUGGUAGGCUUCUUGGACUUGUUUGGUGUCAGCAUGGUCGUCCCAUUGUUGAGCCUUCAUGUCAAGUCCCUUGGAGUGAGCCCUGUGGUUGCUGGAGUAGUCGGCUCCUUGUACGGCGUUUUGCAGCUCUUCUCCAGCACCUUUGUGGGCUGCUGGAGUGACGUGGUUGGAAGACGGUCCUCCUUGCUAGUGUGCAUUCUGCUCAGCGCCCUGGGUUAUCUCCUCCUUGGCAUGUCCACCAAUGUCUUCCUGUUUACUAUGGCUAGAGUCCCCGUAGGUGUCUUUAAACACACCCUCUCCAUCUCCAGGGCACUGCUUUCUGACCUGGUCACAGAGAAGGAGCGGCCACUCGUGCUGGGCCAGUUCAACACGGCCUCAGGGGUAGGCUUCAUCUUGGGCCCCAUGGUUGGUGGGUAUCUGACGGAAGUGGAUGGCGGAUUCUAUGUGACAGCCCUCAUCUGCUGCUCCGUCUUCCUCCUCAAUGCUGGGCUCGUUUGGCUGUUGCCUUGGAAAGAAACAAACCUCAGUAGACCAGAGAACUGUGGGAGCGCGGAUGAGAAGCAUGCUACCGUACCCAUAAAGUCAGAAGGUACACUGCAGGGAACAUCCACCACCCUGAGGGCCAGGAGGAGUGAGAGGAAAGCGCAGAGGCCCUGGGUUGGAGUCCUGUCGGCUUUGAAGGACAUGAAGAGCCUGAUGUUUUCCGCAUUGUGGGACAUAUUUCUCGUGCGCUUGAUGAUGGGGGUGGCUGUCAUGCUGUACUACAGUAACUUUGUCUUGGCCCUGGAGGAGCGUUUUGGGGUGCGGCCCAAGACCACAGGGUACCUCAUCAGCUACACCAGCGCCCUGGGCACCCUGGCUGGCUUUGCUGUGGGGCCCAUCCUGCGGCUGUACAAACACAACUCAUACACGGUCCUGCUGCACUCCAGUGCACUCACCUGCUUGCUGCUGCUGCUUUACUCCACAACGAGCACCGUGGCUGUGGUGGUCUGUUCCUCCACGCUGCUAUCCUUCUCCACCGCCAUCGGGAGGACCUGCAUCACUGACCUCCAGCUGAGUGUGAGCGGAGCCCAGGCCAGUGGCUCUGUCAUAGGCGUGGGCCAGUCUGUGACUGCAGUGGGCCGUAUCAUUGCACCCGUCCUCUCAGGAGUGGCCCAGGAGAUCAGUCCCUGUGGUCCCCCAAGCCUGGGUGCUGCUUUAGCCCUGCUGGCUAUUUUAAUCAUGUCACUAGGCAGAUCUCACUUCAGCAGGCACAGGAGUGAGAAACUAAAACCUGAGUAGCAUGGACCACAUAGAGAAACAGAUCAGAACUGGGCAAAUCAAGGACCAAACGGACGUUUAAAGGAGAGUGAGU